UUGAGUCUGAGCCAGGCACUGGUUUUGUCUGGUGUGAAAUGUUUUAAAACAAGAUCUUUCAAAGACCACAGCUCCCUGCACAGAGCCUGAAGCCAGCUCCCGCCAGCAGUGGCUGUAAAGCUGGAGCCUCCAGAAAUGCCACAAAGCACUUCCCCGGCCUAGGAGCGGCUCAGAAGAUGAGAAACAUUAUGGAUUUGAUCUUUGUUCUGUUAUUGCACAACAGCUUGGCAUAAAAGCCACAUUCCUAGGGCAUCACUUGGCUCUCCUAACAGAAAUAUAUCUUACCAGGAUAUUGUCCUCCUCCUGCUGCAGAGUAUUGCCUGAGACACUGAAUGACUUUAAGCCAUGAGGCAGAGAUGCCACCUUUAGCCUUUCAUCCCACCAGUUAUCCAUGACUUAUGGGGUGAAGUGGAGUCCUCUGGAAAAAACAACAUGUGCUUGUUGAAUUGAAAGCGCAUUUUCCAGGAGGCAGAAGUUAAAGCUGUCCCGGUAGCUGUCCUUCAGACCUUUCUGGGUGUUUAGGGGGACACACAGGCAAGUCCUCCCAUCUCUUACCAGUGUGUUGAGUUGUCUGUAGAAAACGUUUGGCUGCAAGUUUUCGAAGGCUGGGUGUGCCUGUGGGGGGGUGUAGGGGGGUGUCUGACGUGAACACAGAGCAGAAACCUGAACAGAAAAGGGGAGGAGGCAACAGCAGUGGAAGUGAAAAUAUUUCAGGCUUGAAAGAGUGCCAAGGACAAAAACCCAUUGCGGGAAACAUUUCCGCCCCGGCGUGGGGUAGGAUUUUUUUUCUUUCCCCUCUCGUUAAAGCCCUCGAGUGGAUUGUGUGCCGGCGGCAGGGCUGGGGUCCUGCUGCUGUCCCAUCCCAGCGCUGGCAGCAGGGUGUGUGGAGCCAGCCCCGGUGACUGGAGGGCUCCUUCCGCGGCGCGGUGCCAGCCUGGGCUGGUUUCUGCGAUGACCUCCCUGUGGGUGUGUCGGUUAAAACCCCGCGCCGGCGGUGUGAGCCGCAGCAGUCACGGCACCAGCUGAGGAGAGAUGGCCUCGGCCUGUAACCCCCCGGCCCCCACGCAGCCUGCCCUGCCCUCCGGACCCGCCGUCUUCAAAACCAUCCCCUACGCCUUCAUCCUGCCGGAGAUACUCUGUGGGACCUGGGUGUGGAUCCUCGUCGCUGCUACCACCGUCGCCUUCCCACUGCUGCAGGGAUGGGUGAUGUACGUGUCCCUCAGCUCCUGCCUCAUCUCCCUGCUGCUCCUCAUAAGCUACCUCUUGGGCUUCCACAAAAACAGCGAGAACUGGAAAGUGAUGGACAGUUUGUACCACGGUGCCACGGCCAUUCUGUACAUGAGCGCUGCUGUCCUGCAAGCCAACGCGACCAUCAGAUCUGAAACCGGCCCACACUCACCCCUUUACUACCAGCUCAACAGCGCGGCCUCGUUCUUUGCCUUCAUCACAACCUUCCUGUACAUCCUCCACGCUUUCAGCAUCUACUACCAGUGAGCCUGGCGGCGCCGGAUUCGCCACUGCGGAAAGAGAGCUUUCCCAGGGAGAGGGAUGCAGCCAUCUUCCACCAGAGUGUCCUGGCCUGGGCCUGGCACCGACCCUGGGGGGAGGGCAGUUGCUUUUUCAUUAAAGGAGGGAUUUUUGUACAGCGUUGUUGGGUUAUGUGCUUGUUGGGGUCAUUUUGCACCCGGCCGGUGGGCGACACAAGGGGAGGGAUGGGGUGCAGGCUCCCAGCCAGCCUCCCACUCUGAUGUUCCACUAAAUAAUAAUGACCAAGGGAAGAGAAGAAAAAAUAAUAAUAAUAAUAAAAAAAAUAAUCACUGUUUCUUCAGCA